UGCUCCGAGGAACGAAAGCAGUGCUGACAGCGGCAGAGGUUCCCUCUCCAAUGAGGAAGCCUCUCGCCCCGCAUGCAGCCGCUCUGCCUGCCUGCUUCCUUUCGCUGCUUGCACAUCUCGCAGUCGGGCGGGCGCUGAGCAGCAGCCGGCGGGACGAGCCCUCGGUCCUGCCAGGGGGGAGAAGGCAGCAUGGCCCUGCGCUGGAGCCUUCUCCUGGCCCUCAUGCCUCUGCUGGCAGCAGAAAAGAUGGAAAGGGAUGAGACCGGUUACAGAGAAAACCGCCGACAGGCAGUUUGCCCGAAGCCGCAGUGGGACUCAAGCCUCCGCUUUGUCCCAGAGAAGACAUCUUAUGAUAACGGGGAGGAGCUGACACUGAGCUGCCUCACUGAGGAUGAUCCUCCUCUCGCUGUGAUCAGAUGUGUUGCAUGGAGUGACUGGGAAUAUGCCUGGGAGGUGACGGACAAGCAGGGAAGGUCGCAUCACAUUGAAAUGUACCAGGCCUGCACAGGAAAGUGCCAGAAGCCCCUGUGGGACAGAAGGGUCAUGCUCGUCCCAAGGAAAGGCAGCUACACACUGAAUGAGGAACUGAGGCUGUCUUGCCCUGAAGGUGUCAAGCCCUCCUUCACCAGUGCCAAAUGUGUGAGGGAAUUUCAAGGAGUGACUUCAGGACAACCUGACUAUGGGGUCAGCUGGUGGGGGAGGAGAGACAGAGGCGCCUGGACCCUCAUUGAGGAGCCCGUAGCGUGCGUGGUAAAAUGCUCGAGGCCCCAGUGGGACCCUGACCUUCAUCUGGCACCAGAGCGGGACGUCUAUGAGGAGGGCGAAGAAGUGACGCUGAGCUGCCCGGAGGGUUCCCUGUUCCCCUUCCAGCAGGCUAAAUGUGCAUGGAGACCUCGGGCUGUGCCUAAUGGGGAGCACAAGGGCACCUGGACACAGAAAAACGAGUCGGGGAAAUGGGUCCUCAUUCAGAGCCCCACAACAUGCAUCAGAACAUGCCAGAAGCCCUGGUGGGACCCAAGGCUCCGUCUGGCACCAGAGCAGGAGGUGUACAAGGAGAACGCAGAAGUGACGCUGAGCUGCCCCGAGGGUUUCCAGCCGUCCUUCACCCACAUGAGAUGUGCAGGGGGAGUGCAGACAGCAGAACAUUCUGGAUUUGUAGACAGAACUACCUGGCUGGGGAGGAAGAGCACAGGUGUCUGGAUUCACAUUGAGGGGCCUGUGGAGUGCCUUGAAACGUGCCGAAAGCCCUCGUGGGACCCAAGGCUCCGUCUGGCACCAGACCAGGAGGUGUACAAGGAGAACGAAGAAGUGACGCUGAGCUGCCCUGAGGGUUUCGAGCCAUCUUUCACCCACAUCAAAUGUUCAAGAGAAGACCAGUCCAUCGGCGCUGGGAAGCCUGUGUACAGAGAAGUUUGGAUGGGAAAGGACCCAGGAGGUGCCUGGACCCGCAUUCGCUCCAUGGUGCAGUGUGUGGAGGUCUUCAUGCCUGGGACCUUGGAGGUUUCCACCACCAGCAUCAAACUGAACUGGACCUGCAGUCUGCCCGAUGCCUGCCAGCGCAUGCAGGCCACGUGCAGGCUGGCAGGGCCUUCCUCCCCUCCCUGCGAGGCUGAGGAGGUCACGGCACAGGAGAUGCUGCACGGCCAGAAUGGAACAUUUACCUGUGACCACCUGCAGCCCUUCACUUUCUACAGCAUCACCAUCUCAGUGCCCGCCAGCACCAUCCUGUUCUCAAGACUCCUGAGAACAAAGGCAACAGUGCCGGAGAAGCCAGAGUGGCUGUGGCUGGAUGCCAGCACGGGGACGCUGCGGUGGCAGGCGCUGCCCUCCUGCAAAGGGGAGAUCCUCGGGUACCAGCUGAACGUCACCGCCUGGGGCCCGCAGGACGGCGGCUUCCUCCAGGUCGAGCGGCUGAGGCUGAGCAGCUCCGUCACGGAGCACCCGCUGCCUGCGCACGGCCCUGGCACCAGAUACACGGUGGCCGUGCGGGGCCUGACGGCUGCCGGGGCCGGGGCAGCACUGCUGGGCGACUUUCAGAGCAACGGCUCGGACACCGCAGCCCCUCCUGAUGCCAGCUCCCGCCUCGUGCGCGACAUCUCCCCCUCCCAGGGCACGGCCGUGCUUCGCCUCCGCCCCAUCCCCUGGGUCCCCGGGGCGGCCAGCGAGCACCAGCUCCUCGUGGCCAUGACGCACAACAGCACGGCGCUGGAAGAUGCCUGCUCAGGGGAGCUGCAGCUCUUCAACACCAGCCACCUGCCCGACACCUACGUGGCCGCCGUGCUCAACCUCAGCAAUUCCACGGACUUCGUGCUGGGCGAUGGGACCCGCGGGCAUGGCUUCCACAACGCUCCCCUGCGCCCGGGCUGGGACUACACCGCCCUGCUGCGCCUCGAGCAGCGCUCCCAGGAGGAGGAGACGUUCGCCUGUGUGUGCUACAGCUUCUCUAUGGGGCAGGAGCCGGUGCCUCUGCUGAAGAGGAAGCCUGUGCUGAUGGCACUCGUGGUGACAAUGUUAAUUCUGGCACUGGGGAUUCUGCUGCUCUUCCUGCUCUUCAGGCGAAAGCACAGCAGUUCAAAACCGUCUGAAAGCAACAGCACUAUCCCCCUGAGAAAAUGUCGAGGAGGUGUCAACAAGCUGAACACACAGAUCCCAGUGGAGGAACUGCUGGAGGCUCUGAAGAGGCUUAAGAGGGCAGAAUUAGAGGCUGAGCAGACAGAGGAUGAAUCAGCCAGCAGUCACGGUGCCGGGCGGAUGGCAGAGUACCAGCAACUGACCUCGACAUUGCUGCAUCCCUGUGAUGCUGGGAAGGAGCCGUGUAACCAGGGCAAGAACCGCUACAAGUUCAUCAUUCCCUAUGACCACUGCCGUGUGGUGCUGCAGCCCUCUGCAGAAGCAGGGAGCGACUACAUCAACGCCAGCUACGUGGAUAGCUACCGGAGUCCGCGCUUCUUCAUUGCAGCUCAAGGCCCCUUGCCCGGAACGGUGGUGGAUUUCUGGCAGAUGGUCUGGCAGGAGAAGAUCUCGGUCAUUGUGAUGCUGACAGGCUUAGUGGAGCAGAACAAGACCAAGUGUGAGCAGUACUGGCCAGAGCAGGAGCAAGUCUACGGGGACUUCACCGUGACACUCAACAACACUAGGACCACCACGGGCCUUAUCACACGCAUCUUCUGCCUGCAAAAGGCAGGCUGUCCUCUCCCACGAGCAGUGGAACAACUUCACUACCAGCAGUGGCCAGACCAUGGGGUGCCCAGAAACCCUGCCCAGCUCCUGUACCUGGUGGAGAGAGUGAACAACAGAGAGUCACAAGCCCCUGCUGGCCCUGUGCUGGUGCACUGCAGUGCUGGGAUCGGGCGGACGGGUACCUUCAUCGCCAUGGAUUUCCUCCUGAAGAUGGCAAAGGCUGAGGGGAAGGUGGACGUCUUUCACUGUGUGCAGAAGCUGCGGGAGCAGCGGGUCAGCAUGGUGCAGACCAAGGAGCAGUAUGCCUUCCUGUACGAGGUGCUGCUUGAAGGCCUGCUCUGCGGCAGCACUGGGGUCCCGGUGGAGAGCGUCGCCAGCCACAUCCGCUGCCUCCAAGGGGCUGAGACCCAGAGCCAGAGCAACGUCCUUGAGAAGGAGUUCAAGGCAGUGCAGAACUUCUCUGAGUUGUUCCAGCUCCUGCCGUGCAGAGAAGCAGAGAAACCCAGCAACCAGCCCAAGAACCGCAAACCAGGGAUCCUGCCAGCGGAUUCCUGCCGGCCCAUCCUGAUGUCCUCGCUGAAUGCUGAUGGCUCACCAGGCUACAUCAACGCGGUGUUUGCCAACACGUACACCAAGGAGGACAGGCUGAUCAUCACCCAGCUGCCCUUCUCCAGCACGCUGGUGGAUUUCUGGGCUCUGGUCUGGGAUUACACCUGCACGGCGGUGGUUGUGCUGAACCAGCUCCAGGAGCUGGACAAGACAUAUGUGGAGGUCUGGCCCACCCAGGGCGAAGCCAUCUACGGCCGGUUCCACGUCCAGCUGCUGUCAGAGGAGCCUGGAGCUGGUUUCACAGUCUGGACACUCGCCCUCACCAACAGGCAGCAGCCCAAGAAGGCUGCGGUGGAAGUCCGGUUCUGGCAGCUGGAGGACUGGCCCAUGAAGCAGCAUCUUCCCCCGCACCCUGCCACCAUCAUCAGCCUGCUGGGGAAGGUGGAGACACACCAGCGGCAGUGCCAGGACGGACACAUCCUCGUCACUUGCUGGGAUGGUGCCAGCCGGAGCGGGAUCUUCUGUGCUGCCAGUUUCCUGUGUGAGCAGAUCCAAAGCGAGGGGCUGGUGGAUGUAUCCCAGGCUGUGAGGAUGCUGAAGAGGCAACGCAGGCAGCUGAUUAAAGACGUGGAGCAGUACAGACUCUGCUAUGAACUAGCCCUCAGUUACUUGAACUCGUUUGAAACCUACGGCAAUUUCAAGUAGAGGCAUGGUCACAGCCCAUCUCUGGACAGGACUUCAGCUUUCUUGAGGAAAUGGUGGAAACCAGAGGAGAGGAGAGGAGGAGGGUGUGCACAGCCCCGCGAUGCUUUACUCUUCCGAUGAGCCACCCCAAGUAUUCUCUGCAGCUGCACAGCUCAGCCUGGACUGUCUCCAAACUGUGGUCAGACUUUGAAGCAGGAACCAGAGUUUGGGCAGGAAUUUACCUAGCACCACAGCCCAAUAAUGCAGAUCAGAGGAGAGGCACCAGUACUUGACACGUCCACGCUAGGGACGAAGAGAACCCGCUGCCCCAGCCAGGCUCCCCUACCCCUUCAGGGUAGCUCCACCAACACCCCAUGUUCAGUCAGGGCAGCCCCAAACCCCUGUGAGAUCCACAGGGCUGAGCAGCACAGGCCUCCUGUCCUGCUUCAAGAGAAGCACAAAGCCCAAGGCUGUGAAGAGCCAUGGGAGGGACAAUCCACCACCCCAGAAGGUUAUCCUGGUCCUUUCCACCCCCCGCAGACCCCUUCUGAAGCUCCAUCUUCCCGACGUUGAUCCAGGUGCCCUACCAGCUCCAGAGGGGCUCCCUCCCCAGCCUGUCUGGCUCCACCGUGGCAGUGCCAGGUUGCAGCACCAACCCAGAUCCCCGGACGUUGUUCCUGCAGGUUACUGCCCAGGAGAGGCUGCAGCACCAUGGAGACUGCCUCUCCCUUUGCGGCUCAAGAGCCAGGAUUGACUCUGUACUCUAUUCCAUGUCUCACCAAUAAAGGCUCUGUGCUGGCCAUGGUGGGGAUGA